GCUCGCUCUCUCUCGCUUCUCCUGCUCAAUCAUCCUGUCUCUCCUUCAGUCUCUGUUUAACUCGUUCUCCUUCACAUGUGAAACCGGAUCAGUCAUGUCAGUGUGUGAACGCUCCGGUCGGGACUCGGUUUCUUUGGAUUAGGGGGCUCGGUUUGUCUCCGCCCGGUGUUCGUAUUCGGACUCCCCGAGUUUUAUUGGAUUGGCCCCUCAGCGGCGGCGGGAGACAACUGGUCUUCGGUUUUCUUCUUGUCCCAGCAGGAUUAAGGACGUGGGGGAAUUGCUGUGGAAAAAAAAGGAGGAAGAGGCGUGAAACAGCAGUGAACAUGUUUAAUCGUCUCCUGACACUCGCUUGUUCUCUUUUAUUAUUCGGCAGGUGUUCAGCCCGGGUGGUGACGGUGUCUCCUGGUCCGUUAAUAAGAGUGGAGGGCCAGCCGGUCUCUAUAAGAUGUGACGUUGUAGAGUAUGGAGGACCCCGUGAGCAGGAUUUUGAAUUCGAGAUGUCCAGGGAUGCAACCYGCCCGAAGAUUAGAAUCGUCUCGUCCUUUGACGCCAGCUUCUCGGACCCUUCGCUCAGCAAGCGCAUCGCGUCCGGCGACAUCUCGGUGGUGCGGCUGCAGGACAACGAGGCGGAGCUGAAGAUCGCAGAGCUGAAGCCUCAGGACGCAGGGGUCUACUUUUGCAGAACACCGAGCACAGAUUCAGUCAUCAGUGGGAACUACGUGGCGCAGGUUCAACUCACAGUGAUUCCGAACACCCUCAAGGUCUCCCCCGAGACUCCGCCUCCAGUCAUCCCAGAGGGAAGUGACCUCACGCUCUCCUGCAACGUCACCAGGGAGCUCACCUACCCCACCUACCUGUCCGUCACCUGGUCCAUAAAAAAGGGCACCACCUCAGAGGACAUUCUGAUGUUUGGUCCUCAGGGGGACGUCGUCACMGGUUCACAGUUCACUCGUCGUUACUCGGAUGGGGGCAUCCGAUUGGUCCCUGGCAGGAACGGAUUGUUUGAGCUGGUGAUUACCCGACUGACCACGUCCGAUCAAGGGAUUUACGAAUGCAAAGGGACGGAGUGGACGCAUGAACGUGGAGGGACGUGGACAAAAAUCGUUGAAAGCAAGAAAGAGAUGGGGGCUGUUACUGUCACUCCUACAGGCCAAUCCCUAAAUGUGAAAGCUUCAUCCCCCUCCUCUCCCUCCUCCACCUCCCUGCUCCUGUUGCCCGGCGACUCGCUGACCCUGCUCUGCUCCGUGUUCCCGGACAACCUGACUGCCCUCGCCCUGGAAGUGAGCUGGCUCGCCGACGGCCGCGAACUCAUCACCAUGGACCGCAGCGGCGUGGUGAUCUCCAACGCUUCCUCGAGCGGCGCGCCAGGAAGCCGAGGGGAGGCGACCCUGGGGAGGACCGGAGUGGCAGAGUACAAGCUGAGGGUGACGGGGGUGAGUGGCCAGGACGGAGGGGUUUACACCUGUCGGAUCCGAGCCUACGUCGACAGAGGAGGGCGCAGCACAGGAGGAGGAAGGUGGCACAUGGCGGCAGAGAAGAUAUCCACCCCUGUGACGGUGAAAGUCUCAGAGAUCAAACCAAACUUCACGCUGAGCCUCGGGGCCACCCAGAAGCCCAGUCGGAUGUCCGAACCGCUGGAACUUGCMUGUAGCGUAACGAACAUAGUUUCUUUACCUGCUGACGCAAGACUGGGAGUUAGCUGGGAGCACACCGGACUUCCUGGUCAGGGGAAUGUUAGCCCACAGCUAAUCGGCUCCUUGGAUGGCAACGGCAACUUGUUGUCCGGAAAACUUUAUGCUGACAAGCUCAAGAGCGGAGUGCUGUCUUUGAGCAGGAUCCAACCAAACACAUUCAAACUGCAAUAUAUUCGCACACAGGACUCUGACAUGGGCCAGUAUGUGUGCAACGUCUCCUCUUGGAGUGUUAGCAGCCAGGGGGAUUUGGUGAAGACCUCAGAGUACCAAAGCUCACCAAUGACUGUACGAUGGGAUGACAAACGUCCCUCUCUGAACGUUGUGGCCAAACACAUCCGCAGAGCCUCAGGGGGCGGCGACACCUUUGAAAUGAGCUGCACCGUGACCCCUGUGAACCUCGGCGGUUGGUUAAGCUACAAGGUGGACAUCAACUCGCAGGAUAGCUUYCAGGGCAGCAUGAAAACGGUCAUAUCACUGAACUCUGACAACGUGGUGCAGCAGACGGACCCCAGCAGGAGAGACAGUAUGGUCUUGACAAAGACCGGUCCAGCAGAGUUCCGGUUUCGUCUGGCCGGUGUGCAGCUGUCUGACAGAGGUUUCUACUGGUGCAGCAUCACAACGGGCAC